AUGAAUGUACCUCAGGGUCUAACAGUGGUACAUUACCCAAGAAAUAUAACCGUUCCUGAUUGUCCUGCAAAUUUUUGUGAGGGUGAACGUGAUAUAUUGUGGAAAAAUGUUAUUUCUAGAUAUGUGUGGAGGUAUUUAUAUGUUAAAACAAAAAAUCAGAUAAAUUUGAUGGUGUGGAAUGCAACAUUUCAAACAGUUUUGGAAUUUUUAGCACAUACUAACGGGGAGAUAAUAGACACAUUACUGGCGGAAUGGGGUUUUGAGGUGUCUGAAUACCCGAGUAUUACAAGCUUUAACAGUUGUGAAUUAUACAACAUAUCCCAAUGUAAAAGACAAAGACGAAAAACUUACAGUGUUCAAAGGUACGAGUGUGUUGACGAGUACGUUGAUGAUAUUUUGGACGUGAUUUAA